AUGAAUUCGAUUGAGAGAAUUUUGCGGCUACAAUCUGAAAAUAAAUUAAGCCAUGAUGAAAAACUAUUAAUAAAAAACGUUGGACCGCCAAGACCCGAUUUGGACAUUGCUGUGUCGUCUAAAGUUAAAGACAAACUCGUGCAUCGAAAAUUUAAUAAGACUAUGUAUCAAAGUGAGUGGUGGUUAUGUGGUUGCAACGCGAAAAACGACCUUUUCUGUUUUGUAUGUACCCUUAUGAAUAACGGAGAUGUUGAUAAAGCUUGGACUGAAACCGGAAUCACGGAUUUAAAACAUUUGGGAGAAAAAGUAAAAAAGCAUCGCUCGAGUAAAAAACACUUAAAUCUCAACGUAUCGUUCGCAGUCUUAGGUAAAGUAGACAUAAGAAAUCAGUUAAAUAGUGCUUAUAGAGAGAACGUCGAGAAACAUAAUGAUCAGUCGGCUUUAAGGGGGCAUGAUGAAACGCAUGAUUCUGCAAAUCCGGGAAUUUUCAGAGGUUUAAUUAAUUUAAUGGCAGAGCUUGACACUACAUUAAAAUCUCAUAUAGAAAAAACGAACAAUCGCGUUUUCAUGGGUCUUUCAAAAACCAUACAAAACGAACUACUUGAUUCAAUUUAUGCUGUUUGUAUUAAUUUAAUCAAAGAUGAAAUUUUGGAAGCGGACUAUAUAUCUAUUUUAGCUGAUGAAACUACAGAUGUAGCUUCACAGUCGCAGCUGGUUUUUGUCGUUAGAUAUGAAUUGAAAGAAAUCGGGAUACGGUACUACCAGUUCGCCUUACUGUUCUUAACCCUCAUCGUUUGCUUCAUUCUGCGAACUAUUCCUUCAGUAGCAAUUAUAUCAAUGACUGCAAAACUACCCCCGGAUCCCAGCAUACCCACAUACCCAGAAUGGGACAACACCGACAUAGUACUAUCAUCGUUCUUUUGGGGCUACAUUAUUCCCCAAAUCGGAGCAGGCCAACUAAGCGAAUACUUCGGCCCCAAAUGGUUCCUCUUUGGUACCAUGGUCAUGGGAUCAGUUUUCAGCAUUGUCGUUCCACCAAUGGCCGCCACCUUUGGUUCCACGGGAGUGAUCAUCUGUCGUGUAAUACAAGGUUUGAGCCAAGGCUUCUUGUACCCUUCAAUCCACAACCUAAUAAGUCGAUGGACACCUUUCUCGGAGCGGGCAAGGAUGUCAAAUUUCGUCUACGCAGGAGCUACUGCCGGAAUCGCUCUUGCUAUGCCCAUAACUGGUGCUAUCUCCGAAUCGAAACUAGGCUGGCCAAUGGCGUUUUACUCAAUUGGUGGUUUGGGGGUGGCAUGGACCUUAAUUUUUGCCAUAUUUGUGGAAAAUUCCCCCGCAACUCAUAAGAGAGUAACGGAAGCAGAGCUGAUAUACAUCCAGGAGAAAAAUUUUGUAACCAAAAUUUUACGUUGUGGGUGCCAGAAAGUACCAACACCAUGGGUGUCCAUAAUGACGUCUUUGCCAGUAUGGUCGAUUUUAGUGGCUGCGUGUGCCCAGUGUCUUGGAGCGUUUACUCUGGUUUCAGAAAUGCCAACUUAUCUAAAUGGGGUUAUGAAUUUUGAUAUACAAUCGAAUAGUCUACUCUCGGCUAUACCACAUAUGGCCCAUGCGAUUACAGGUGUAGUGGUGUCACCUAUAGCUGAUAAGUUAAUUUUGAAGAACGUUGUUAGUAUUACCAGUGUGAGAAAAAUCUUCGGUGCUUUGGCUAUGUAUGUACCAGGGGCGGCGCUCAUAUGGCUUGCGUUUAUUGACAGUACCCAGAAAGAACUAGCUAUAGUACUGUUAGUGGUAGCUGUUGCGUUCACCGCUUUAGUACAGUGUGGUUUUAUGGUGAACAUGAUUGAUGUGGCGCCUAACCAUUCCGGAACUAUCGUUGGUAUGACGUACGGUACUUCGAACGUCUUCUCGCUUUUGGGGCCCAUAAUAGUCAGUUGGUUUGGUACUGACAAGACGGAUCCGAUUUUAUGGAGGAAGGUGUAUCUUUUAAUUGCUGGUGUAUAUGUUGCAUGUGGUACUUUUUACGCAGUAUUUGCAUCAGCAGAAGUCCAGUCAUGGAAUGACUUGGAGGAGAAAACCGGUACUUAA